CCUCAAUCUCUUCUCUUCCCCUGCUUCAUCCUCAAUCACCCUCCACUCCACAGCAACAAUGGCUCUCUUCCAGAAGAUCGAAACCCCCUCCUGCACAUACGAACAGCCCCUCGGCUUGUUCAUCAACAAUGAGUUCGUCAAGGGUGUAGAGGGCAAGACCUUCGAGACCAUCAACCCUCACAACGAGAAACCCAUCGUCGCCGUCCACGAGGCUACCGAGAAGGAUGUCGACAUCGCCGUCGCUGCCGCCCGCAAGGCCUUUGAGGGCGAGUGGAAGAAGGUCACCCCCACCGACCGUGGACGCAUGCUCAACAAGCUCGCCGACCUGCUCGAGCAGCACUGUGACACCCUCGCCGCCAUCGAGGCCCUCGAUAACGGCAAGGCCGUCUCCAUGGCGAAAGUCGACGUCGCCAACUCCGCCGGCUGCAUCAGAUACUACGGUGGCUGGGCCGACAAGCUCCACGGCAAGGUCGUCGACACCGACCACGAGACCUUCAACUACACCCGCCACGAGGCCGUCGGCGUCUGCGGCCAGAUCAUCCCCUGGAACUUCCCCCUCCUGAUGUGGGCAUGGAAGAUCGCCCCCGCCCUCGCCACCGGUAACACAAUCGUCCUCAAGUCCGCAGAGCAGACCCCCCUCAGCGCCCUCUACGCCUGCCAGCUCGUCAAGGAGGCCGGCUUCCCACCAGGCGUCCUCAACGUCAUCUCCGGCUUCGGCCGUGUCGCCGGUGCCGCCAUCUCCUCGCACAUGGACAUCGACAAGGUCGCCUUCACCGGCUCCACCCUCGUCGGCCGUCAGAUCCUCCAGGCCGCCGCCAAGAGCAACCUCAAGAAGGUCACCCUCGAACUCGGUGGCAAGUCCCCCAACAUCGUCUUCAACGACGCAGACAUCGACAACGCCAUCUCUUGGGUCAACUUCGGUAUCUAUUUCAACCACGGCCAGUGCUGCUGUGCCGGCAGCCGUAUUCUCGUCCAGGAGGGCAUCUAUGAGGACUUCCUCCAGCGCUUCAAGGAACGUGCCAUGAAGAACAAGGUCGGCGACCCAUUCAACCCUGAUACCUUCCAGGGACCACAGAUCUCCCAGCUCCAGUUCGACCGCGUCAUGGGCUACAUCGACCAGGGAAAGAAGGCUGGCGCCAAGGUAGAGAUCGGCGGUGAACGCCUCGGCACCGAAGGAUACUACAUCCAGCCCACCAUCUUCAGCAAUGUCAACGAAGAUAUGAGCAUCGUCAAGGAGGAGAUCUUCGGCCCUGUCUGCUCGAUCCAGACAUUCAAGACCGAGGAGGAUGCCAUCAAGAUCGCCAACGGUACCAGCUAUGGUCUUGCGGCUGCCAUCCACACCAAGGACUUGAACACUGCCAUCCGCGUCUCCAACGAAAUCAGAGCAGGAACCGUCUGGGUGAACUGCUACAACCUCCUCUCGUACCAGACGCCGUUUGGUGGCUUCAAGGAGUCCGGUCUGGGCCGUGAGCUGGGCGAAUACGCUCUCGAUAACUACACGCAGGUCAAGGCCGUCCGCAUCCGUCUCGGAGACGCGAUGUUUGGUUGAGCGGAGCAGCUAGCUCUGUAGUUCGGAAUGGGGGUUUGUGAAAUUGGGGCCCUGUUCCUGCUGUUGUUUCUUCACCAGGUUGUAUCUUAGCAAGCAUCAUCGGGUUGUUCUCGCUAUAUCAUGAAAUUAAUGUUGUUAUGACGAAGAAAAUACCAUUGUAGUGAAAGUACACCUGCAGAGUGGUUGUGUUGUGAGUUGUUGUGUUGUGAGUUGUUGU